AUGCCUGAUCUUGAUACCGGAGAACGGCGGUGUCACCAACGCCUGGAACAGCAGUUACUGUAUUGGACUUCUUAUUGGGUUUAUCCUGAUCGUUAUUUUGCUCAUCGCGCUAGAAUGGAAGCACGGCGAAGGGGCCAUGAUUGUUCCUCGGAUCAUCAAGCGCAACUUGACAGCACAAGGCUGGAUUCGCCCGCAGCGCAAGGCCAGUCACCAUCAGAGUCGGGGAUUCGAACACUGCCUACAGUGUUGACAACCGCCCCGUCUGGUGAUUUUUCGGAACCAACACACCUUCCAAAACAGCCAUAUUCAGUUGUGCCUGUGGCUCACGCAAGAACCAUUGCUUCCGCAGAUGAGAGUCAUCAAGAUGGCAAAAAGGUGCCCCGUGCACAGGGGGAGACUAUAUGGAUUGAACCGCAGUGA